AAAAAAAUAAAAAAUCAGUGUGUGGCUGGACUAGCAGCGCGGGGAAGGGAAGGAGAAAGCGGUGCGGAGCGCUGUGGGAGCUGCUGCCCGUUGGAGGCUGUGGCCGGGCGGGGCUCGGCCCCUUCUCAGGGGAACCAGCUGCAGGAGAUUAGGACACAACAAGACACACCUGAAACCGCAUCAGGGGACGCUCAGUCUGUGAAGAUGGAAUUUAGUAUUAAACACACGUGGGAUGGUUUGCCUGUGAGCCACGAGCCGGUCACGAUYGGGCUGAGGCCGGACAAGGCAGGGCUGCUGAUGGAAGUUCGUGCUCCUUUCUUUAAUGACCCUCCUGAACCACCCGGAGAGCCAGGAAAACCCUUUGGUGGGCUGUGGGACUACGAGGUUGUAGAAGCAUUCUUUCUGAGUGACAGAACUGAGCAGUAUUUAGAAGUUGAGCUUUGUCCCCAUGGGCAGUACUUACUGCUGCUGCUUUCUGGCAGAAGAAAAGUGUGGAAAGAAAAACUUCCUUUAGAGUUUGAGGUGACCAGAAUGAAAACCAAAUGGGAGGGUAAAGCUCUUCUUCCUUGGAGUUAUUUCCCACCAUGCACUGACAAGUUCAAUGCAUUUGCAAUUCAUGGCUCGGGAGAAGAGAGAAAAUAUGAAGCACUUUAUCCUGUGCCUCGACAUGAACUGCAGCAAGGACAGAAACCAGAUUUUCAUCGUCUGGAAUUUUUCAGAGACUUAAACCUGAAAGAGCUGAUGGGCGAAGACUGGAAGCAGCCUGAAUCAGAUAUAUGGAAAUCUCUCRCUAAAUGAAUGGAAUGAGGCAUAAAUUUUUGUAGUAUUGAAGYUGGAUGAAGCUGUAUGGAAACAACCUCCUCAUUCUGAGCAGAGUUUGAAAUACCAAACAAGCAAGGCUUUCCUUGGCAGCCAAAUCAUUGAUCAGUCUUAAAAUCAACUGCUAAGGAUGUGGAUCUGUUGAUUCUAAAUGUAUGAAUUGUUCGUGUUUCAAUUUAUCUGGGUAUGGAGUUUUUUCAUCUGUGCAGGAGAUGAAUUUGCUGCUACCAGUGAAGGAGAAAAAAUGUGCUAAAAUUACAGCUGUGUUUUUGUGAGGGCUCUCAAGUCUGACAAGGCCAAUAKCUGGCUUGAAAUCUUUUAGUUUCCAGUAGUUGCUGCAUUUCUGCUAUGUUUUCACUGCUGCUUGUUUGUUUCUUGGCUGCUGAAUGAGAUUCUUAUGUGCCUAAAUUUUUUGAUUACAAUCAGGAGGAAGAAUGCCUCCUUCAGGAACAGAGAGGAAUGUAACUAUGAUGGAUUUUGGAGGCUCAGUACUUGCCCUACAAGAGGUGUAACACUGCCCUUUCCUGAACGUUCCUGUCCCUGAAGUUUUCCCAUCCCAAAUGCUAAAGGGGGAAUUUGCAAAACCCUGUGUGGAGUUUCUAAUGGUGUUUCGGUGCAGAGGAUAGAUUUACAAAAGGUUUUAUGUAUUUCAGGUAAAGUUUCUGGGACAAAUCAUGUUUAGUAAAUCUUUUGUUAUAGCUGUGUGCAUACGAAAGCUGGUUUCUUUUAAGACUUAUUGCUUUGAGGAUUCAGAUCAGAUGUCUUGAGAAUUUUUUUGUGUGCCACUGAGAGCUGGAAAUACUCCAGGUGUAUGUGCCUAUAUUUUCUACAUAUGGGCAUGAGUCAUUUUAACAAUAGUGAAUGUUUUCAGAUGGUAGCAUCUAAUCUGUAAACCCUCACAAGAUUUACAAAUGACAUGUUCCUUUUUUUUUUGUCUAGCAUAGCAAUUGCUGCUUGAUUGUGGCUGCUGACUUAAUCCUAUAUAAAUUAAUUUAGGAAGUGGGAAGCAGUCCCCUAACUAUAUCCUUGCAUGUUUGCAGUAAUAAUCACAGUCUGAUGAUCAUAUUUUCUUUGCUUCCUUUCACUUCAGCUCUAGCUGGAAGUUCUGCCUUGGGAAGCAAAGAAGAUGGGAAUAUCCCAUCUUAUAUCCCAGCCUUCGUGAAGAGCAUCUCAGUGUGGUUAAUAUCUGAGAUAGAAUGUUAGUUUGGAGUUUCUGUUUGGCUUCAGAUUCCCUCUUUGUACUUCCAGUUUUAUAGAACUAUACUCUCAAAUUUGGGGAUAAUCAGGCUUUUUCUGYUGCAGAUUUUGGCAUUCUGAUGCACUCAGCCAUCCAAUUGCUUUUGCUCUUUUUCAAUUAGACAAUAGAGGUUCCUUGCUAUAAAAUAGUGCCAUCUGUUGAAAAUUUUAAGUAUUGUACAUUCAUUUGUUUGGCUUCUUUUCUACCAUCAGUCCAUGUACAGUUUUCUAAAGAGCAACAUCAGUCUGAAAUAUGGAAUAAUCCCGUAAAUGUUGGUUAAAAUAUUGUCUAGAUAGUGACAUUUCAAAGCUGCCUUGAAAAAUUUAGUCAAAACCAGAAGAGCAUUUCACUAAACUUUUAGACUUUAUUUUCAACAGUUUGUCAAAAAAGUGUGUGCAGGGAUUCAAAAUGAAUGUACUGCUUUUCUCACAAAUGUUGUUUUCAUAUGGGGAAUGAUACUUUUUAUGUAAAGGACAGUAAAUAAAUUUUUUUUAUCCAUCUCAUGUUUAUUCCUACUUCAAACUGACUGCUUUAGAUCUGACUUGGGGUGUAAGUUAUAAACUUGGAGGAAAAUAGAUGCCUUUUCCUAAAUAAGUAAUUGAAAGUAAAAUCAUUGUCUUUGCAGUACAAAAUGCAAUGCUGGGUGCUCCUGAAAAUGGAAUUUCUCAUAUAGACUUUWUUCAAGGCCUGUGCUACUCCAUGCUGCCAUCAGUUGGUUCACUUGGGUGUUUCUGAGCUUUAAGUGUGUUUUGUGAGUAUUUGGGGCCAGUUGUAUAUUCUGUCUUUCCUGAACUUUCUC